CUUUCUCAUUCUGCCAAAGCUGCCCCUGCAAGAUGGACCUGAGGAUUGUGCUCAUUUUGACAAGUGCACUCAUCGCUCAAGUUUAUUCCCUGAUGUGCAACAAUUGCUUCUCUGACGCCACUGGAACCUGCCACGAUGUCCAGGGACCCUGCCCUGAUCAGUGUGCCAGUGUAAGGAUCGCCACAUACCAAGAUUACAGGAGGAAAGAUGUGAUGACUCUGAAGACCUGUACGCCCUCUGACAUGUGUGUCACAGGCUCGCUCAAUUUUGGCACCUCAAGGGUUAAAGCGGAGAGCACCUGCUGCGGCACGGACCUCUGCAAUGACGAAGCUCCUCCAGAAUCUCUUACAGACAUCUCUAAUGGGAUGAGAUGUUACACCUGCAGAAAUGGAGAUUGCACUUCAAUUAUACGGUGUUUGGGCGAUGAAGAUUUCUGUGUCACAUCCACAUCUGCAGAGGGUAUUCAGAAAGGAUGUGCAUCGAGAUCCAUUUGCCGGCCGAGGGGCUCGAAUCACUUCCUAUCCAGCGUGGCGGAUGGUCUGGCUUGCUGCGAGGGGAACCUGUGUAACGGCAUGGAGGGGAUGGGGACCAAUCAGAACACAGGAAACUCGGGUCACAAAAGCCACACACAGAGCUUCCUGUUAAUAGUGCUGAUGUCUGUGGCCUCCAAUUCUGACAUGGUCUCUUGAGCCGUCUACUGGUUACUGCAAGUGCCUCAGUAAGCUAACUGUAAAGACAUGCAAAAUGUUGCAAAUACUUCAUAGAACCUUGUUAGCCCUACUAUAGGAGCUUGCCAACACGCUAACUGGUGUCUUUUGGUUCCAAAAGGUUUACUUUCAAUAUUGUAGCCCAGCCCGGAACACAAAGCAAGUUCAUACAGUAUCUGGUGGGAACACUGGAUUAUACAGUAUCUGUCCUGCACAUGACCUCACACAAUUAUGUAUUUAAAGACAACACCAAAAUGAAUCACUUGAUGAAAGCUAAUUGCUGUAUUAGUACAGUACGUGUCUGUUUUUCUCAUUGAUGUUUUUUUCCGGCACAUGUCUUCUGACCCUGUUUUUUUUAUUUUCUCUAUGUGUUUUCAAUCUAUCCCUGAUAGCUACCGUGCAGAAACUGUCUAGAUAAUGACAAUAAAAGAGUUUAUUAAACACA